GGGGGCGGCAGCGCUGAGGUGGCACCGGGCUGGGCCUGGGAGCAGCUCCUGCCCCGGGGUGAGCAGGCGCUUCCUCGUGUGCCCCGGGCAUCCCGGGGGGGUGUGGGGCCGAGGAGUGACGUGGCAGCUUCCGAGGUGAGUGUGGCUGCACCUACACCGGAGAUCAUCCCGGAGCUGUUCCUGCUGCUCCCGCCGUCCGCUUCCCAGCCCCGCCGCUGGAGACGAUGAUUCCCAGGCAGCAGGAAAGCCGAGGUCAGCCUGCCGAGCCAUGAACAGCUCCGUGCCCGGCAGCCAGCUGAGACACCCCGGGCCGCAGGACGUGGCCGCCGUCACUCCCGUGUCGGUCGCCAGGGCCGUGACGAAGAAGGCGGACGCGCUGCCCAUGAUCUCGGUCAUCGUGGUGCUCUUCGUGCUCCUGGCCGUGUUCAUCAUCCUCGUGGUGCACUACGGGCCCCAGCUCCGCACCGUGCAGAUCACCCUGUACCACGAGCCCCUGCCGCAGGACCUGCACAACGGGGUGCACCUCACGCACUGGAAGCAGCUGGACCCCCAGAGGAGGUGGGAUCUGCCUGGCAUGGAUCUGGCUGGAGGGAGCUGCCAGUGCUCCUGCAAGCACCACCUUCCCGGCGGGAGCGCUGAGCCCAACAUCAUCGAGGUCACGUACCUGUGACCCGGCCCCGGGACACCUGAGGCUGUGUCCCACUGGAAAAGCAGUGACUGGAUGUCAGUGUAUCCCGAGACUCACCGGUUCCCAGGCAGAGGCUGUACCUCCCCAGGUCUGUGUCUGGCCCCAGGAGGGCUCAGCCAGGAGGUUCAGUGUCACUGCAGUGACCCAUCACCAGCCCCCAGAAGUCCAGCCUGGGGGUUGCUGCUGUCCCCAGGCAGGAGCUGGGUCCCAGCCCGGGCUCUGGGGCUGGGUCAGCCCUCAUGGGACAGCAUUAGCAUCAGUUCUGGCUUUCCUCACCCUGGUGUUACCUGUCCCACACUGCCUGGGAGUGGCCAGGAGAGCUGUCUUGGUCCUUGUCCCAGCUGAGGAGCUCUGGGGCUCUGCUCGGCCCCUUGGCAGGAGCUGGAAGUUACGUCAUCUGGAAUUGUUUUCCUGAUGAAAGAUGUUUCCUCAUUCACAGUGUCCUCAUUACACCAUUUGUAUGUCACGGAGAAGCCUCCAAUCCCUCUUUUCCUCUGUGCCACAGCCCCUUUUCCUCUGUCAGAGGGCUGAAACAUCAUCCUCCCCCCUGGCAGCCCUGGCAGCGGGCUCAGCCCUUGGGACAAACAGCCAGAGAAGAGAAGAGGCAACUCCUCAACCCGUGUUGGUGGAGCCAGUGACAGGGGACAAUGUGUCCUUUCCCCAGGGGAGGUGUGUGAGAGAAGAGUGGUGACACAGCAGAGGCAAGAGAGGUGAUAAUGGCACAUCACAGCUGGCUGAACAUCUGGAGGUGCUGGCACCAGAGGAGACGGGCAGAGACUGCAGCAUCUCUGUGCAUGGGGAUGGGGAGACCUGAGGUCAUCCUCACUGUGGUCAUCCUCACUGGGGUCAUCCUCACUGAGAUCAUCCUCACUGGGGUCAUCCUCACUGUCCCCAACUCUGGCUGCUGUCCCUGGGCCAAGGGCAGCUCUGCUCAGGGCAUGGGGACUCGGGUGGUUGGAAGCAGCCAGGCAUGUCCCAGCCAAGGAGGGAGUGAUGGUGGGGUUGGCACAGUCAGCCACAGGGAGGAGGAUGUUGAUGUGACUCCAUCACCCUGGGUAGGAGCUCGUUGAGGUGGCACAGAGGGAGCAGACAGAGAGGUUAAACCUCUUGAGCCCUGAAGGCUCCUGGUGGUAUCAGACUGUGGUAGCUGUUGAGCCCUGGGGGCCCUUCUGCUGCUGGAGGACAUCUCUUUGGCCUCAGGUGGAAGCUGGACAUCAAGGCCUGUCUUCAGUGCAGGGCUCAGCAGACACUCCCUGGGGAAGCAGCACAGCCCCUGGGGUCACCCACAAGGAUUUAUGCUGCUGAGCAGUCCCAGAAGUCAAAAUAUGGUUCCCAGCCCUCCCCUUCCCACAAAAGCCAGGUCUGUGUCCACCCUUUGCUGCAUCCCCAGCACAGAUCCCUCUGUGCACAGGUGGACAAAAAAUGGGGCUUUACCUGUUCCUCCAGGCACUGGGAGUAUUUCUGACAUGGCAGAUGCUCCAGCAUCCCUCUUCUCACUUAUUUCCAGCUCUUUUCUCACUUACUUUAAAGCUGGGUAGUGGUUGGACUUGCUGGAAACUUUUUGUCUCAACAAUAAACAUAAUUUAUAUUACCUUUGGGGGGGUAUUUUCUGUUUUGAUUUUUUUUUCCUUUUUGUUUUCCAGAGGUGAUGGUGCAGUUAUUAGCUUUCCCACUCCUGAGUUACAGGAGAUAAGAGCUCUCAUUUCCAUUGAAAAUCAGAGUCCCACCCUGCUUUGCAUGUCAACACAGGGCUUAGUUUGUAAUGUGUACAUCCCUAAUUAGCACCCCCUGAAGAGAUAAUCACCUUCCAAGGAUUUCUCCUAAUUAAGACAUUCCCCUCUGUGAGGGUGGGGAGGCCCUGGCACAGGUUGCCCAGAGAAGCUGUGGCUGCUCUGGAUCCCUGGAAGUGUCCAAGGCCAGGUUGGACGGGGCUUGGAGCAACCUGGGCUAGUGGGAGGUAUCCCUGCCCA